AUGAAAAGGUUUAGAAGUAAUGAUGAUAAUUUUCAGGAAUUAAAAAAUCAAGAAAAUAUUUGGGAUGAUUCGGAUGAGGAAUUGAAUAGUGAUGACGAUGAGAAUAACGGAAAUUCAAUGGUAGAAAUUGCUACUCAUCAUAAUGUUUCUAAAGAUGAAAAAUUGGCACAUGAUGAAUUAUUAAAUUAUAAGGAAGAAUUUUGUUUUCCUUUACAGAAUAAUAAGCAAGUAAAUAUUCAGUUGAUAACUUCAAUUUCUAGAGAGGCAAGACAUACGGGAACUCAUUUGUGGAAUUGUUCAGUCUUGCUGACAAAUUAUUUGAUAGCUCAAUUGGAAAGUGGUGGAGAAGAACUGUUUGGAAAGUUGAACAAUGGACCAUUUACUAUAAUAGAAUUGGGUUGUGGAUUGGGACUUCCCUCUAUUGCCACCUGUAAAAUCAAUCCCAAAAACAGAUGUAUACUAACAGAUUUAUCAACCCCAGAUUUUGAAAAGAGGUGCUCAACUCAAUGUGAGAUUAAUGAUCUGGCACAAGAUCAAUAUGAUAUUAUUCCAAUUGAUUGGGGAAACAAUUUUAUGGAAAUUGCAAAAUUUGCAAGAGAAAAUUCAGGCAAAAAGAUAGAUUUGAUUGUUGCCACUGAUUGUCUGUAUGAUAAGAAACUUUAUGAUCCAUUCUUUUCCACUGUUCACUUUUUGAAGAAAUUAUUUAAUAAUCCCGAUCUCCCUUUACUAUUGGCUCAAUACAAGAGAAAUGAAUCCGAUAAUAUUACCUAUCAAUUAAAGAGAUGGAAUCUCAAACCAAAACCUGUAGUUUGGAAAGAAAGUAUCAAUUUGGAAAAGUAUUUGAAAAUCAUGGGCAAGAGUAAUGAUAUUUUAGAAAAGCAAUUUUAUGAGCUUUAUGAUUCUACUCAAAUAGUUGUCAUCCAAUAA